AUGAGUGACAACACGUUCAGAUUCUCUGAUCUCUACUUCUGCAUGUUCCUAUGCAUUCUGUCCAUCGUCCUCUCCCCUGCCUUCUUCGAGAACGGCCCAGAGCACCCUCCACGCCUGACAGAGCGACGUACGAUCAAACAUAACGCGACAAAAGUGAACAGAAUCACUGCUGUGAACACAGCCCCCAAUUCUACUUCCAAAACGCCUGCCCCCUGUGUCCCCGCAGCGUCUACCCCUUGUGCCGCCGCAGAUGCCGACAUUCCACCCCAAGCGGCCACUGCCCCCGCUGAUACUGAGAGCUCAUCCCAAGCGAACACUGCCCCAGCCUCCAGUCUCCCACGUCGGCCUACAGCUGCUCCUCCACAGGACUAUAGCGAGUUCUCUGCACACCUCAAUGAGCUCGAAACCAUGCUCGAGGAAGAAAACACCGGCGCGAUCCCGACGGCCCUCCGGAUUGGCCCACAGAUUCAGGAACCUUUGAACAACAAGCGUGCAUGGUCCUUGGUUGCACAGGAACAUGUAGGCAUCUCGUCGUCGAUGUCAUCCGAGUGCAGAGAAUCCACUACGACUACCAUUCCUCAAAGCACCGAGCUCUCCGCGAGCGCUACUUCAUCCUCAUCGUCGCCGCGGCCCUUCAAGAAAGUCAGGUUCUCCCCUGACACCUUCGAGCCUGCUGACAGCAGCGAAUAUCGCCGCUUAUCAAAGAGACAGCGGGAGUCAAGCGAAGAGGCACAGGAAGCCCGGAGAAAGAGGCGCAGAAUGGCAGCCAUCAACAAAAUGCUGGAAACCGAGCCGGCAUACAGAAUGGUACACCUUGUGAAUAUCGUCACCCAGACCUCGACAGUGAUCUUCGAGCCGAAUCCAAAAGCAGGCACCAGGCGCAGCUCAGCCCGGCUCAGAGAAAGACCAUCGAGCGCUAUCUCUAGCGCUCCCACAAGCGCGAUCACAGACAUUCCAGCAGCUGGCACGCUUCUGGCGUCGACUGCAAUGAUUCCUGUUUUACAGCGAACCACACAUAGUCCCAUUCUGGACGAAGACGUAGAGAUGAAGCCGGUUUCGACAGAGGAGAGCACCGUCUCCGAAGCAUCGUCUGCACCGCCGACAGCAGAUCAUACGAGAGAGACCAAAUCAGAGUCCUCGCCGCCUUCAUCUCCCAAGAUAUGAGUGAUUCCAGCGCAAAAUGGCCAAGACCAUCUUCAGCAUCCUGCACACACGCACGAUCAACCUUCGGAAGAGAC